UUCAUAAAUAUUGCCCGUCUUAUUACUUCGUCGGUUUAUUGUACUAUACUAUAUCCAGUUAUGUGUAUAUUUAAUGUAGUGUUUCACAAAAAAGCUGUGCGGUUUUAAUUUUUCAGUGAUUUAAAACUUUUUAUUGUUGUAUUCGCUGAAGGUAUUUCAUUAUUUCCACAUGCAUUGGUGUAGACACUAAAAAUGUCAAUUCCAGUACGGGAAAACCUACAUUAAAACGUAGGCUAACUGAAGCAUUACUAAUCUUGAAAAGAGACCUAAAUUCUGAUGUAAUGUAAGAAGCAUGACGACAAAUGCUCCCACUUCAGCAGAUGCUUGUUUGAGCAUUGUGCACAGUUUGAUGUGCCACAGACAAGGUGGCGAGUCUGAAAAUUUUUCUAAAAGAGCUAUUGAAAGUUUAGUGAAAAAACUGAAAGAGAAAAGAGAUGAACUUGAUAGUCUUAUUACUGCUAUAACUACUAAUGGUGCCCACCCAAGUAAAUGUGUUACAAUUCAGAGGACUUUAGAUGGAAGAUUACAGGUUGCUGGGAGGAAAGGAUUUCCUCAUGUAAUAUAUGCCCGUAUUUGGAGGUGGCCUGACCUUCAUAAGAAUGAGCUAAAACAUGUAAAAUAUUGCCAGUAUGCAUUUGACUUAAAAUGUGACAGUGUUUGUGUAAAUCCCUACCAUUAUGAAAGAGUUGUUUCCCCUGCAAUAGAUUUGUCUGGGUUAACACUUCAAACACCUGGUGAAAACCAGAUGGUGAAGAAUGAAUAUGGUGAGUUGGAUUGCGGUCCUAGCAACAUGCAAACAAUUCAGCAUACUCCUCAAACUGUUCAACACCAUCCAGCCCAACCACCUACAGAUCCUUUCGGUAGGCCACUCAUGGCACCUACUCAAGGUAAAAUGAUUAUAUUAGCAGCUUCUGCCAUUCCAAGUAUUUCUCCACAGUCCCAGCCAGUUACUCAGCCUCUGACAGUGUGCACGCAGCAGCUACAAUCUGUUGCCCCACCACAUUCUGCAACAUCUGCUUCGCUUUCCACUCCUCCCACCACGCCUUCUGUCGCUCCCCUAUCCACUCCAUCACCUGGGUUUUUUUCUCCUGGGCCAGAGGCACAAACCAUGUCACAAAUCAAUGGAAAUACAACCUUAGAUACACUUUCUCCUCAUUUAACUCCUAAUACAAUAAAUGGUCUCGGAACAUCUCCACCACAGCCAGCUGUUCCUUCAAGCUUUACUUCUAAUAGCAAUUCAUCAAAUACAUGGACCGGGGGAAGCACAUUGUCAUACACUCAGUCAAUGGUACCACCAGAAAAUUCUAUUUCAAUGAGGCCCCAAGGUGGUGGUUAUUGGUCUCAUCCGCAGUUACAUUCUGACGUUACUUUACAAGGUGCUCUUUCUAAUCAACCUGCUCCUGAAUACUGGUGCUCUAUUGCAUAUUUUGAACUUGAUCAACAAGUUGGAGAAACCUUUAAAGUCUCAUCCACUUAUAACAGUGUAAUAGUAGAUGGAUAUGUUGAUCCUUCUGGUGGUAAUCGCUUUUGCUUGGGUGCUCUUUCUAAUGUACAUAGGACAGAACAGAGUGAAAGACCCAGGUUACAUAUUGGCAAAGGAGUUCAAUUAGACCUUCGAGGUGAAGGUGAUGUCUGGCUUCGAUGUCUCAGUGAUCAUAGUGUUUUUGUUCAGAGUUAUUACCUGGACAGAGAAGCUGGUCGAGCUCCUGGUGAUGCUGUACACAAGAUUUAUCCAAGUGCCUAUAUCAAGGUUUUUGAUCUACGACAAUGCCAUCGACAAAUGCAACAACAAGCUUUAACUGCGCAAGCUGCAGCUGCAGCUCAGGCUGCAGCUGUAGCUGGUCAUAUUCCUGGACCGAAUUCUGUUGGAGGAAUAGCACCAGCAAUUAGUUUAUCUGCAGCUGCAGGUAUUGGCGUAGAUGAUCUUAGGAGACUCUGCAUUUUAAGACUGAGUUUUGUGAAAGGUUGGGGUCCCGAUUAUCCCCGACAAAGUAUCAAAGAAACUCCUUGUUGGAUCGAAGUUCACCUUCACAGGGCUCUCCAGCUGUUAGAUGAAGUCCUACACACCAUGCCCAUCCAUGAUCCUCGCCCACAUGAUUGAGUUCGUACAAAGUUCUGACCAAAACUGCCAACUCAAACAGCUUGUGAUCUUUCUUAUUUAAUUCAGAUUGUGAAAUUUUCUUCCAGAUUUUUUUUUCUUUCUUUUUUCUUUUCUAUUCACUAUGUGCAAUCUGUUGUUCCUUUGUCUCUUCAAAACCCACUCAUGAGAUAGAAAUGCUUAGUUUAUUUAUUUAAUUAUUUUAAUCAUUAAAUCUCCAUUUACCUUGAAUUUUAAGUAAUUUCAUCAAAAUAUUUAUUUUAAAUGUUAUUUUGAUUACUAUACAAUUUGUUGAAGGCCUUAUUUUAUUAGUUUAUUUAUUAACAAAUAUUAAUUUUCACUUUAAGGUGUAUUGACUUUCUGGAUUUUAAGAAAAUGAAAAGAUACUCACUCUUAAAAUAAAAAGCUCUUUUAAGAUAAUGAAAAAUCUUGGUGCAAAAAAAAAAAAUUAUUAUGCCAAAAUUCUUAAAAGAAUCUGUGAAAACUUGAAAUAAAUUUUACUAAGAGAUUCAUUUUUAUUGCGAUUUUUCCCAAAUUACCUUUUUGAAAAUAAAAUUUUACCGUGUCUGAAAUCAGCAAAAAAAUAUGUAUCAAAUGUUGAUAUAUAAUACAAAAAGCUUAAUGUCAUAUAAAGAAAACUUUUUGUUAUUCAAAAAUUAUUUUUAUUUAUUUAUUAUUAUUUGCCCAUUUCUAAAAACAUCAGUUAUUUUUUGUGGGAAAAAAAAAAAACUAUUAAAUUCAAAAAUAAUCUUAUUAUCUGUAAAAUUUGAUAAGAAGCUUUUUCUCUUUCUUUCAAAUGAAGCAAAUUGCAAUAAAUUCAGUUUUCCAGAAUAUUGGAUGAAUAUUCGUGUGAAUUAAUUUUUCUUAAGAUUGAAUUGCAUAGUAUAGAAAAUGUUCCUGCUAUGAUACAUUUCAUCAUGUGAAACAUGAGUGUGUUUUGAAUGUGCAUAAAAUCUGAAUUGAAACUAGUUAUUAGCUUUUGAUUUGUGUUAUUCUUUGCUUCUUGUUUAUGUUGAAACAUUAGUCACAAAUUGCAAAAAUAUUAUUUUAGAUUGUAUAAAAAUGAUAAAUUGCUCUUAUUUAUUUGGAUUUUUUCUUUAAAGAUUUUUAAAAUUGUUAACAUAUUUAAAAUUGUUUUUAUCAUUUAGUCACAAGCUGUAAAAGGAUUGUUUUGCCUUAUUUAAAAAAAAUUGUAAAAGUUAAAAAUUUUAAAGUGCAUUGGAGGACCAAAAAAAAAUUGUUUGUUUUCAUCGUGAUGAUUCACUCAUACGAAGCUACUGUUUGGAAAAGAUGAUAUUCUUGUUGCUAUUUUGAUAUAUUUAAAUCAAAUGUAUUAGUACUUUGAUUAAAUCUUUGAAGGAACUUUGAAUAGAGCUUGAAGCAGAUUAUUUUUGUGCAAGAUAUGAAAUGGGAAAAUCGAAUUUUUUGGGUGGGUUUACAAUUGCAUAGUUGUUUUUUACUGGCCCAAUCCUUUGCUGUCAUUUAGAGAUUUUCUUUUCUGUAAUAUCCCCUGAUUAUUUAUGCAGUGCGAUUUUGCUGGCAUGAUAUUGUAUGAUGCUUAGAUAUACGAGUUUCUUAAGAUAUGUCAGCAUAACAAUACAGUGCUUUAUAUCCAAAUUUUGUUUUAAAUAUAGAAACAUUAUUAUUUUUUUUAUCAUUCAUUAAUUGUUUAAUUGGAUUAUUUAAAAAAAAUCACAUUAGUUAUUACAAAAUUAUUAUUUUUUUUUUUCUAUUUUAUUCUUUCUAUGCUUUUAUAAUUGUGCAGUUUUUAAGAAAAACUAAUGAAACAAAUUGUAUUUAUUUCAUCGGCUUUUGUUUUAUUGAAAAACUAUCAUAAUAUUUCUAUUGAUUAUUAUUGAUAGUAUUUCUGUUGAUUAUAUGAUUUUAUUGAGAGAAAAAAUCUAUCAUAAUAUUUUUAUAACUGAUUUGUUUUCAAAAUGAUUUCUCAGCAAUUUUCUUUAAGAAACAUUUAAAUAUGUUUAGGUAGCUUAUCCCAAGUUUUAUUUUAUAAAAUUGAACUAGAAGCUUUUAGUUUAGUAAAUCAAUACUAAUUAGAUUUUUUUAAUAAGUGCAUAAGACCCAUAAUAAAAAAAAAAUGUACUAUAACUGUUAUUUUAAUGACAAGUUGCAGUUCUAUUUUUAUGCUGAAUAUAUAAAUUUUCAAAUGUAAUCUGUUAUUGAGGGAAAAAUGCAAUCUGCAUUACCAAUUAAACUAUAAAAAUUCAUGUAUAAAUUGUAUAUAUUGAAAAAUACGUAAUUUUAAGUUUUAGAGAUUUUUACUCUUUUCCAAACAGUCUUCGUACCUCAUGCUGUACAUGUUCCAGUUAAUUCAGUCCUCAAAGAAUCAAUUUACAAAAAAUGUUGAAAAGCUAUGCUUUGACCCUGGUGAGAAAAUUUCCAAGAACCUUCAACUGGAGGAGCGAAUUUCAUCACCUGUUUUGUAGGUCUUUGAAAAUCUUUUUCACUUCAGAUAGAUCACCCUGAAUAUAUUUGCAAUUCUUGAUUCUGUACAAAAAUUUAAAAAAAUGUGCAUACAUGUGUAAAAUUUUAUUUCGCCUUCUGUUGGCAUGUAUAUCAUAAUGUUAAUAAAUGAGCUAUAUAAUGAUAA